AUGGUUUAUCGGCUGCUACCCGCGCUGCUGAUUGCCCAGGUGGCCCAGGCAUGCCUGCUGGGCGGUGGUGAUGGCGGCUGCGGCUGUGGCUCAUCAGCUCCAGCUCAACAGCCAUGUGGAGGUGCCAGCGGACCAUUGCUGCCUCAAUCUCCUUCAUUUCUACCGGCUCUACCCCCACCGCCAAGCCCCGUUUAUGCGGCCGGACCCCCUCAAUCACCGAUCGUGAACGAGAUUGCCAUCUCCGUUCAAGCACCCGCCCCGCCACAAAUCGAGGGACCAAUUCAGUUCCAAAACCAAUCCCCCGUGGCCGCUCAACCCGCUCAGGAACAGCCUGCCCGCAGCUACGAUGAGGGUCGAAAUGAGGUAGAAGACGAGGGCCCGGCUGCCCCUCCCCAGCAAACCCCUCUACCUGCACCUACUGAAGUUCAGCCCCAGUAUGACGACGCGGUGGCCAAGCGACAGGCCAACUUUGAGCUGGCCCAGAUUUUGGAGGCUCAAUACGACGAUCUGGGUGGAGCCGGACCAUCGACGCCGGCUGGAACGGAAAAGACCGGCGAGUACGGCACGAUUGCAAAGGCCGUCAAAAAGGCCGUCAGAAUGAAGGUUCUCCGCCGUGCCCCCCUCAAAAAGGCGACCCUCACCGAGCUGGCCGAGGUGGUCACCCCACAAGUUGAAGCCGCCAAGGAAAAGCUGACUUUGCAGCCGAAUCAAGCCAUCCUCGAGACGGCCACCACCUCGUUCGACCCGAAAUGCAAUUCGGAGUCGCUGAGGAGAGCCAUUUUGGAUAACAUCCAACAAUCCACGGCCGCGUCGAAACGUAAGAUUCAGAAGGCCGCCGUCGACGCGAUGGGCGGCCGCAUCGAUGUGAUCUGCUCGAUGGGGACCUUCUCGUACAUCGUCAACACGGAGCUGUACUGCGAGACUGAGCGCAACGGGAUCACGUGCUUCGCCUUCCGCCAGGCCGGCAAU